ACAAACUAGUGCUGCUCUGUGUAUGUUUUUGUGAAGCGAGCGAGUGUAUUGUGAAUUAAGUGCAAGUAUGAGUUCCAUCAGAAGACCAAAGAAUGCAGAAAACCCGUCUGAAAACAUCAAGAAAUUCCUGGUAGCGCCAACAUCUGGAGCAGGAAUGGGGAGGAGGACGCUUCAGGUGCUUCAGCCCUCUGCUGUAAACAAAAACCUUGGUCGUAUAAUUGAGAAUGGUAAAGCAGUGGCCAAAAGGAAGAUGUGGAGCGCCGAGCAAGUUAAGGGUUCAAAGAGAGUCAAAGCAGAGGUGGCUGUCAAAUCCACAAAUGCAGAAAAUGAAAACCAGCCUGAGGGGGUCACACAAGAGGCCUAUGAGCUCAUGAUCAAAGAAACUCCUGGUUCCUCCUAUUGGAAGGAGGUGGCAGAGGAAAGGAGGAAAGCCUUGUUCAGUGUUCUCCAGGAGAAUGAAAAGUUGCAUAAAGACAUUGAAGCCAAAGACGAACAGAUUGCUCAGCUGAAGACUGAGAAUGAGGAGUUGCAGGAACUGGCGCAGCAUGUACAACACAUGGCAGACAUGAUCGAAAGAUUAACUGGAAAAAGUCCAGACAAUCUAGAAGAGUUGCGUGAGAUUGCCUUUGAUGCUGAAGAUGAGGAGUUGGAGAAUGAAAAUGAAGAUGAGGAAGAACAUGAAGAUGAGGAUCAGGAGCAUGACUGUGAGGGUGAAGCUGAUGAAAGUCAAGACACUGAAGAAAACCCAGAACGGUCCAUAAAACACAACGAUUCUGCAACAGAAGAAAGCUGACAUGAGAAAGUGAACUGAAAACCGCCUUGAUAGACCAGUUGUUUGGUCUGAAGUGAUGAAUGUUUAACUUUUGCCUUUCAGAACUAAUGUGCACCUUUUUUUUAUUUUAAUAUUUUUUUUUUUUUUUUUUUUCUUUUGCUGUAAAUGAGCUUUUAUUUUCACUAUCUGUAGUUGUGCAUGUAUACUGCCAGUGUACAUAUGUAAACUUGAGUGCAUAUGAUGGAAAUAAACGCC